AUGAGGACCAAGACUCUACAGAUGUGCACUUGGGCUCAGGAGGAUGGAGCCUCAGGGGGUGGAGCCCUGGAUGAUGUCAUCUUCCCAGAGCUUACUGACAUGUGCACAGAGGGUAGCUGUUACCCAGCAACAGGAGACCUUUUGAUUGGACGGGCUCAGCAGCUAAAAUCCACCUCCACCUGUGGACUGAACCGUCCAGAACCGUUCUGCAUCGUCAGCCACCUGCAGGAGGAGAAGAAGUGCUUUGUUUGUGACUCAGGAGUGACUUACGAUGAGCUGACCAGUCACACCAAUAGCCACCGCAUUGAGAACGUGGUGACCACGUUUGCUCCAAACAGACUGAAGACCUGGUGGCAGUCAGAGAACGGUCUGGAGAACGUCACCAUCCAGCUGAACCUCGAGGCAGAGUUUCAUUUCACACAUCUCAUUAUGACCUUCAAGACGUUUCGACCAGCUGCCAUGGUCAUCGAGCGAUCAGCAGACUUUGGAAAAACGUGGCAGGUUUAUCGUUAUUUUGCGUAUGACUGUGAGACGUCCUUCCCAUUAGUUUCCCAUGGUCCCAUGCAGAAAGUUGAUGAUGUCAUCUGUGACUCUCGUUACUCCGACAUUGAGCCGUCCACUGAGGGGGAGGUCAUUUACAGGGUUUUGGAUCCGGCGUUUCGGAUUGAAGACCCCUACAGCCCAAAAAUUCAGAACCUGUUGAAGAUCACCAAUCUUAGGGUUAAAUUCACCAAACUGCACACACUUGGAGACAACCUGCUGGACUCUCGUAUGGAGAUUAAAGAGAAAUAUUACUACGCCAUCUAUGAUAUGGUGGUCCGCGGAAACUGUUUCUGCUAUGGACAUGCCUCUGAAUGUGCCCCAGUUGAGGGCAGGGGCCAAAGCAGGGAAGGAAUGCCCACCGCCAUGAUGGCAGCUUGUACCUGCAGCACUCUGGGGACAAGUCCUGGAGGAAACCCCUGUGAGAGCGAAACAGGAAGCUGUUUCUGUAAACGUCUGGUGACAGGACAUAACUGUGACCAGUGUGUGUCUGAACACUGGGGUCUCAGUAACGACAUGGAUGGCUGCAGACCGUGUGACUGUGAUCUAGGAGGAGCCAUCGACAACCGGUGUGAUCAGGUAAAUGGUCAGUGCGUCUGCAAAGAUCACAUGUUUGGUCGUCGCUGCGACCAGGUUGAGUCUGGGUUCUACUUUAUUGCUCUGGAUCACUACACCUAUGAAGCUGAAAAUGCCAAGUUUGGACCUGGAGUGAUGGUGGUCCCGAGGCCACACCCGUAUGAUCACAGUCCCACCUGGACAGGUACUGGUCUGGUCAACGUUCCAGAGGGGGCCUACCUGGAGUUCUCUGUAGACAAUAUUCCCCAUUCCAUGGAGUAUGACAUCGUCAUCCGCUACGAGCCUCAGCUUCCGGACCAAUGGGAGGAGGUUCUGAUGACAGUGUUGAGACCUGGACCAAUCAAAGCUGACAGCCGCUGUGUCAACACUGUACCUGACGAGGACAACCAAAUGAUCUCACUCCACCCAAGCUCACGGUAUGUGGUUCUUCCAAGGCCAGUUUGUUUCGAAUCUGGUUUGAACUACACCAUCCGUCUCAGUUUGCCGCUGUACUCGGCCCUCAGUAAUGUACACUCCCCGUACACACUCAUUGACUCGAUUGUGUUGAUGCCUCACUGUAAGAACCUGGAAAUGUUCACGGCCUCAGCGGGAGGCGAGACCAGCAGGAACAACGCUUGGGAAACCUUUCAGCGCUAUCGGUGUCUGGAGAACAGCCGCAGCGUUGUCAAGUCACCAAUGACUGACAUCUGCAGGAACUUCAUCUUCAGCAUUUCUGCCUUGUUGCACCAGGGAGCCAAAGAAUGCCAGUGUGACCCUCAGGGCUCCCUCAGCACGGUGUGUGAUCCCAGCGGGGGUCAGUGUCAGUGUCGACCCAACGUGGUUGGCAGGAACUGUGACAGAUGUGCUCCAGCUACGUUUCAGUUCGGACCAAGUGGCUGCAGAGCAUGUGCGUGCCACCCUGAGGGAUCUCAGAGUCCAUUCUGCAAUCAGCUAACCGGUCAGUGCAUUUGUGUCCCCGGAGCGUACGGUCAACAGUGUGAUCGCUGUCUGCCGGGUCAUUGGGGCUUUCCAUCCUGCCGACCCUGCUCUUGCAAUGGACAUGCCGACUCCUGUGAGGCUGACACUGGGCACUGCAUUGCCUGUAGGGACCACACCACUGGAUACAGCUGUGACAGGUGUCUGAAGGGUUACUAUGGUGACCCAGUGUUGGGAUCAGGUGACCACUGUCGGCCCUGUUUGUGUCCCGAUGGCCCUGAGAGUCUGCGGCAGUUUGCAGGAAGUUGUUACCACAGUGAUGACUCUGAACAGGUUGUCUGUGUCUGCAACGCAGGAUACAAAGGUGCUCGCUGCGAUAGGUGUUCACCUGGUUACCAUGGAAACCCUGCUGUGGCAGGUGGACAGUGUCUUCAGUGCCAGUGCAACAACAACAUCGAUAUGUUGGACCCAGAGUCCUGUGAUGCCCGAACCGGGGAGUGUCUGCGAUGCCUGUACCACAGCGAAGGCGCCGCCUGCCAGCACUGCAAACUGGGUUACUAUGGCAACGCCCUGGUUCAGGACUGCAGGAAAUGUGUCUGUAAUCAGCUGGGGAGUGAUCCUUCCAGUUGUCUGUCACCCACCAACUGUCACUGCGACCGCAGCAGCGGUCAGUGUCACUGCCGGCCAAACGUGACUGGUCAACACUGUGAUCGCUGCGCUCCGGACACCUGGAACAUGGCGAGCGGCCUCGGCUGUCAGCACUGUCAGUGUGACCCAAAACACUCAUACGGGUCAUCCUGUAAUGAGGUCAGUGCCAGUUUCACUGAAACAUGUGACUGUGACCCCCGCGGGGUCUCGGAGCAGCAGUGUAACAAAGUCAGUGGUCACUGUGUCUGCACUGAGGGCGUGUCGGGACCACGGUGUGAUAUCUGCGCCCGCGGGUUCUCUGGAACAUUCCCAGACUGCCAUCGAUGCCACCAGUGUUUCGCAGAAUGGGACAAUGUCAUCGGUCAACUGACCAAUCAGACACAUCGACUGGUCAAUAAGGUCAACGCCAUUAAAGCCAGUGGUGUCAACGGACUGUACAGAAGGUCCAUUCAGAGCAUGGAGAAGAGCGCCGCUGAUCUCCAAGUCAUCCUGGACCAAAACCCAGCCUCACAACCACUGAGCGAGAUCCAAAACCUCCUUCAACAGGCCAGUGACUUGAUGGCAGCUUUGACUCUGACCUUGAACAACACCGAGGAGACUCUGGUUGUAGCGGACAAACAGGAUUCUGCAGUGAAAACCAAAAUGGACUCCAUGACAUCCGAUGCCCAGAAACUGGAGCGGACCAUCAAGGAGCUGCUGGAUCAAGUCGAGUUCAUUAAGAACUCUGACAUCAGAGGGGCCACAGACAGCGUCACCAAGUACCUCCAGCUGUCUCAGGCGGCUGAAGCUCGAGCCAAUGCGUCAACCAUCGACACUGGCAGCCCGGUGGAGACCUCUGCUGCUCUACGGCACCUCACAGAGGACAAACUGAACCAGACCACAGAGGAGUUUCUGAAGAGACACUCUGAGCAUGCUCAGAAACUGGACACCCUGGCAGGAGAGCUGCAGACGUUGGACUUGUCUGUGAUCAGACAUAAGACCUGUGGCAGUCCAAUACUUGGUCAGAACUCAUGCUGGUCUUCAUCCUGUGGGGGUCUGGGCUGUGUGGACUCUGAGGGUCAGAGCAGAUGUGGGGGGGAAGGAUGUGAUGGUGCCGUAUCGACAGCCAGCAGUGUCCUGAUGAAGGCUCAGAAGUCUGAACAAGAAAUUGUUAGCGCCAUGGCAGAGGUGGAAAAACUUGCUAAGAUGGUGUCAGAGGUGAAGAGACAAGCUGACCAGGCAAAACUGAGUGCUGGGAACGUCCUGAUGAAGACCAACAGGACCAAACACAAAGUCAAUCAGAGCAACGAGGAGCUGCGAAGCCUCAUCAGACAGAUCAAAGAUUUUCUAACUCAGGAUGCUGCAGACCCAGAGAGCAUUGAACUUGUGGCCAAUGAGGUUUUAUCCAUGCAAAUGCCGACCACUCCGGCCCAUCUGCAGAACCUUACUGAAGAGAUUCGUCAGAGGGUGGGGGAGCUCGGACACAUAGAGAACAUCCUGCAGCAAAGCGCCGAUGACAUCCAGAGAGCUGAAGUCCUGCUGGACCGAGCCAGCAGAGCCAGGAAGGAUGCAUCUGAUGUAAAGGACUCUGCAGAGAGAGUUAAACAAGCUCUGGAAGAAGCUCAGCGAGCUCAAGCCACUGCCAGCAGCGCCAUCCAGCAGGCCACCACUAACAUCCAGACCACCAACCACCUGCUCUCCUCUGUACAGUCGCAAACGGCAGACGCAGAGCUGAAGCUGCAUAACGCCACCCAGAGACUGCAGAGGCUUGAGCAGGAUGUGCUGCUGCUCAGAGAUAAGUCUGUGAAUGUCACGCUGAGUAGCAACCUGACCAAUCAGGAUGCUGCGAACAUCGAACAGAUCACCAAGGACCUGAAACAGGUUCCAGAGGAGUACCUUGGCUUGAAGGAGGUUUUUAACAAAGUCAAGGCCACCUCUUUACCACCGCACAGGUCUUAUGAUUGCCCUAUUGACUUGGUUCCUGGUUCUACUCCCCCUAAAGGGGCCCUGUACUCUCUGUCUACUCCUGAACAAGAAGCCAUGCAGGAGUACAUCAAGACCUCGCUUCAAGCCGGCAUCAUCAGGCCUUCUAUUUCUCCAGCAGGCACUGGUUUCUUCUUCGUGGGGAGGAAGGAUGGAUCCUUAAGACCCUGCAUAGACUAG